AAUUGGUUGCGGUUGUUCAUUUACUUGCGAUCUGCAAAUUCUCAGCAGCUGCAACACCAGCGUAAAGAGCCAGCCUCGCAGUCACUAUGCAGGAAUCAGAUUUACUGAUCCUGCGCAAUGAGGCGGACGCAUCGCCCGACCGCUUCGCACAUUGGGACCCCAAUCGCCAGUUCCGUCGCGAGUACUACGAACGUCAUGGCCGUGACCCAACUUACGACGAAAUUGUGCGCAACGCUGAAGCAAAUGGCCGUUCACCGGUUGAAGAGCCGAUCCAGGGCGCAACGGAGGUUCACGAGGAGCCAUUGGCAUCGCCGCUGAGCAGGAAGGUCGAGGAGGAGGAAGCGCCGCUGUCGCGCCAAACAACGUCGUCAUCCACCAGCUCUAGCAGCUCGCGCAGCACUGCGCCCGGCGCGCGCCUCGAGGAAAUCCGCACCGCGCGUUCAACAGCUACGCGCCCGCGCGGCUACACCGACUCUACGCAGCAGUCCAGCGGUACCAUCCUCCAGCGCCACCCCACUGAACGCCACCCCGUCGCCCUCACGCGUAUCGAGACCCACCGCAGCCAGCAUGCAGGCACUGUGGGCGCCGCGCCGACCCCCUCGCGCCUAUCCCGGACCCUCUCUCGCCGCAAGACAGAGCGCCCGCUGCCCAGCCUGGGCGCUGGGAAGCCGUUCCCGCCAUCGCUGCCCGACCGCGAAGAGUACGUGGUCGAGUUCGAUGGUCAUGAUGAUCCGCUGCAUGCUCAGAAUUGGCCGACCAAGAAGAAGCUCAUUAUGGCCGUCAUGCUAGCGUUUGAUGCGCUAAGUGCAAGUAUGGGCUCGUCCAUCUUCUCCAGCGCAACGGGUGUCGUUGCUGCUCAGUUUGGCGUGGGCAGGGAAGUGGGCACGCUGGGUACUAGUCUGUUUGUGUUUGGAUACGCUUUUGGCCCCUUGAUGUGGGCACCUAUCUCUGAGUUGUACGGCCGCCGGCCGCCGCUCGUCAUAGCUGCGUUCGGCUUCUCCAUCUUCACCAUUGCUGUCGCUGUCGCAAAAGACAUCCAAACCAUCAUGAUCUGCCGCUUCUUCGCUGGCUUGUGCGGCUCCUCGCCUCUCGCUAUUGUCGCCGCCGUCUUCGCAGACAUGUUCAGCAAUGAAGUUCGUGGUUUGGCCGUUGCUGUCUUCAGUGCGACUGUUUUCAUGGGACCGCUCAUGGCGCCGUUCAUUGGUGGCUUCAUCACCGAGUCGUAUCUCGGUUGGCGGUGGACCAUGUACAUCAGCUCGUUCAUGGGCUUCCUGACAUUUGUGGUGUUGCUUUUCUUCCUCGAGGAAACUUAUGCGCCCGUAGUGCUCAUCAACAAGGCCGCUGAGCUGAGGCGCCGGACGAAGAAUUGGGGCAUACAUGCUAAGCAGGAAGAGAUUGAAGUCGAUUUUAAGGAGCUCAUUAUCAAGAACGUCAGCAGGCCGAUGCGUAUUCUCUUCACCGAGCCCAUCGUACUGCUCAUCACUAUUUACAUGUCCUUCAUCUACGGCCUUUUGUACCUUUUCUUGACGGCAUACGCCCUCGUCUUCCAAGGCGUCUACGGCUGGUCCUCCGGCAUAUCGGGUCUCGCAUACUUCGGUAUGAUUGCUGGCGAGCUUAUCGCCUUUGUCGUCGUCGUCCUGACGAACCCGACCUACGUCAAGAAACUCAAAAAUAAUAACAACAUCCCCGUCCCAGAAUGGCGCCUGCCCAUCAGCAUGAUUGGCGGUGUUCUCUUCUCUGGCGGUCUCUUCUGGUUUGGCUGGACCGGCUGGUCCGGUAACGUGCACUGGAUCGUCCCCGUCCUCUCCGGUCUGUUCACCGGCUUUGGCAUCUUCUCCAUCUUUCUCUCGCUGCUCAACUACAUUGUCGACGCCUACCUGAUGUUCGCCGCCUCCGCGAUCGCGGCCAACACCUUCAUGCGAUCUAUCUUCGGCGGUAUCUUCCCGCUCUUCGCGACACAAAUGUUCGAAGGCAUGGGCAUUCAGUGGGCGUCAACUUUAAUCGGGUGUGUAGCCGUGGUGCUGGCACCAAUGCCGGUGUUCUUCUACGUGUAUGGUAAGCGGAUUCGGGCGAAGAGCAAGUUCGCGCCCGCGCCUGAUAUCGUGCAAGAUAAAAAGAGAGAUGAGGAGAGCGCGGGAAGCGAAGAGGGGAGCGUGGCUGGUGCAAGGGGGGAGCAGGAGAAGCAUGGCGACAAGGAGGACUAGUAUCGUGGACGCGUAGUCUUUGUUUAUCUAGCAAUAAUUAUGUACGCCCAAGGCCUCUGUGUCUGUCAUGAGCCUGCAGUAUUCUUCCAGUCAC